AUGCUCUUGGUUGAUGCAGUUACCGAUACUGCGUACAGAGCGGUCUCAGGACGUGAGGCACAACUGGCUCUCGCGCCACUCCUCUUAUGCGAAGAACCACUCUCGCUUCCUCCAUUCAUAUCGCACAGCUUGCCGUCGGAACCGGCCUCCUUUACACAUCACGUACACGUCUCAACAGUCUGA